ACACAAAAGAAGCGAGUGAUUAUUAUUGCAUCACAGACAGUGAAAAGCAAAGUGUCGUAACUUGAAACUCUUUGCGUCUAAACUUCAACUUUAUCAAAAUGGUGAGUACUAUUUUAGUUAUAUAAUUUUUUAAAAAGACAACCUUCAAAUAUGAACGUUUGUAUUAAAUGCUUUCGUAAAGGUUUUAUAAUGUUUUGAUCGACUUAGAUUGCCGUUGCCACAACAGAAAUAUUCGCUAAAUUUUUAGUUGUGUUUUGUGUUCUAAAAUCUAAACUAUGCAAUGGCUAUAACUUCUACUUUUUACAGCGUGAGUGUAUCUCAGUUCAUAUCGGCCAAGCCGGAGUCCAAAUGGGCAAUGCUUGUUGGGAACUUUACUGCUUGGAACACGGAAUUCAGCCCGAUGGCCAGAUGCCUAGCGAUAAAACUAUCGGUGGUGGAGAUGACUCGUUCAAUACAUUCUUCAGUGAAACUGGCGCUGGAAAACAUGUUCCCAGAGCCGUGUUUGUCGACUUAGAACCAACUGUUGUAGGUAAGCAUCGCUUAAAUAAGUGAAUUAUGUCCAGAUUGCUUUGGAUUCAAUCCGGUUGACACUGCAUGAUGGCUGGUCAAUCUGUUAAAGCUAUUACAUGAAAUAACGUAUUGUAUAGUUUUAUAAUCUGUCCAUGGACAUGAAAGAAAUGAAUGUCUAUGAUCUGUCGAUACUUGCUGAACAACCUCAUUAAUCAUUGCACAGCCCUGCUGUAUUUCAGUAUAUAUUGAGGUAUAAAUUUUAAUUAUAGAAAAUUUAAGGCAGCUUUCCAGUGCAACGUUUGUUUUAAGUCUUUUUCUGCUGUACAGUACAGUACGUAUUAUGUUAAGAAUAUGUAUUUCACCCGGUGAUUUAGUAUUGUGUAUGAUUCAGGGUGUAAUUGAGAAGGAUUCAAACAUUUUAUUCCCAUAUAUACUUGUACAACAUGAACCAUUGUCAAACAGCAGCAAUAAAUUUUGAAAGGUUUUAUAAUUAUUUGUCAUUUCAAGGCCGUAUUUAAUCCCUCCUAUUAACUGUGACUUAUAAACUUUCUAGACGAAGUCCGAACUGGAACAUAUCGUCAACUAUUUCAUCCUGAACAGCUGAUCACAGGCAAGGAAGAUGCCGCCAAUAAUUAUGCUCGUGGCCAUUAUACUGUCGGCAAAGAACUCAUUGAUCUUGUUCUAGACAGAAUACGUAAACUGGUAGGUCUAAAUUUGCAUAAAUAUGAAGUCUCGAGCAUUUAUCAUGUGACUCCCAACCGCAUGGUCCGAGUUCUGAUGCUUUCCAGGGGGCAGUUCAAAGUUUGUCUUAAUUUUUAUUGAGGAUUGUAAUGAAACUAGAAAAUACAUGCAUGCAGAAACCCCUCACCUUGCUGACAAACCAUUGUCUUUUCCCGAACAUGAAGUAUUUAAAGUAUAGUUCAUGGUAACACGAUAAUUUGGUAAAGAAUAUUUUUACAAAUGAAAAAUCCCCUAAAAAUAUCACUUUCAAUUACAAAAUUAUAAUCAAUUCCCCAAACAAAUAUGUUAGGUAUGUUAUAUGUAAUAUAAUGCACUAGUCAUUUGAAACCCCAACCCCCGGGACUAUAAGCGGGGUUUUAACAGGAUUUAGCGGGGGAAAUACAGGAUUUUAAAACAAACAUCGAUUUUCUAGUAGCCGAGUUUUAAAAAACACUAGCAAGAAGCAGCAGGGCACAUGUGCUGGGUUUUAACGACCAGGUUUUAACCACCAUUUUAACACACACACUAGGAAUGUUCAGUAUGAGAAAUUUCCGGUAUCAGUAUAUACUGAAAAAAUUAUACCGAUAUUAUCGGUAUACCGGUUUUCCUUUGAUAAUUAUAAAGGAAAAUUCUUUAAUGGAAGUUUGAAGGAAAGUUUGAGUAAUUCUAAAAGGGAAAACGAUAAUUUCGAAGCUGUUUUGAACAUGUUUCGAACAACAUGCAUGUACCAAUGGCAAAGCCAGCGGUCAUGCAGUGCAUGACUAAAAAUUUUCCCAAAAAUGUUUAAAAAUCAGUUCAGUAUAAUUGUUUACAAUAGAAUUAUACUUUAUCUUUGCACUUCUACGCCUAAGUAUUUUAUUUAUUAUUUUGUUUACCCAAAUCAAUGGUCUUUAGGCGAUAUUCUUGCUAAAUAUUCUCGUAUGUUGUUGAUUUUGGCUUUGUUACCUUGGCAACUGAGCGGUCCUGCAUAGUUUCACAUGCAUGACCGGUUGCGUAAGCGCGUGGAAAAAGAUUGCGUGUGAUUGCUGCGUGGUUUGCUCGCUGUGUGUUUUGGUCAUGCACUUUCAGAAUUUCAUGACUAGCUGUAUUAUUUUAUAUUAGGUUUGUUGGUUUCUGAUUGGCUUACAACGUUCGCGCAUGCGCAAUGCGGCUGUUUUUGACGCCUUGGUCAUGCAAUUUUCGAUUUGUAUGACUAAACGGGCAACACAACCUGAUCACAGCCUCUUAGCUCGAAGCUUUCAGCCUGAAUGAACACGUUUUCAGGUCAUUCAAGCAUGUCGACUUCUUCUUUACUCAAAGCUAACGAUAUUGUUUGGGAAUUGGUGAAGAAACCAUUUUCUGCUGAGCAGAAUAUUAUUGUUUAUAAGCAGAGACAAACGCCAGAUCUUUCGAUAUGCCCGAUCGGGAAGGUUUUCAAAUGUCGUGGUAUUCAAAGAAAGAAUGGCUUAGCCAGUCAGGCUUAGGCUAAAUAAGCUAUUGCCUAUUGGUAUUUAGUUAUUGUUACAUGUAUUUUGUCUUGAAUAUUCAAGACUUCAACCCGAGCAUAGGCGUAUAAAGCAUCGAACGCUAUAUACUAUAUGAAAUACAAUGUCAAUGUCGAGGUCAUUGUAGUAAACAAUGUAGUUCUAUAAAUAGCGCUGCAAGGCUUAUGCAUUUCAACACGCAACACAAACAUUUUAGCGAUUGUGAUUUAGCAACAUAUUUGAUAUAUACUUGUUUGUGAAACAAACAAAGAAAUUUCAAUAUAUAUUGUUAAAUUGUAUUUACCAUUUGGUACAUACUCCCCGUGCGUUCGAAAAUAUCCAAUAUUGGCAAUAGCCAGUAAUCGAUAUGAAUGCAGAGUUCGGCUAUAAAACUGACAGUAAAACUUCUACUCAAACAUCUGAUAAUGCUUAAUUCAUUUCUGUAUGUAAUAUUGUAAUAAUUGGGCGAUUGAUUUUAAAUUAAGGAAAUUGAAGGCUCAUGCGUUAUAUUUUCCAAGUCCUGCAUAUUAUACCUAUAUUCUACAUUAUACUGACUGUAUUAGCAGCUAUUUGUCAUUAUGUUCCGUUGUAUAUAUGGAUAAAAUUGUAUCUAGUUCUGGAAAUGUGAAAACUCUUCAGACUUCACUUUGGAAUACUACAAGGGGAUAGCAAUUAGGUAGUCUAUACAGACUAUGAUAAUACAGAACAUGCAUGUAAUAUUUUCUGAUCGAAAAGAAAUGCACAAUUGCCGGUAUGACAAUAAUUAGCGGAACUGCAGACCACAGAUUUCCUAUUUUUGUGUCGAUCUUCAUUAUUGUUGUCUGAAAUAUGCCAAAAUAUCCACAUAUUUUACCGUCAUUAGAUCAAGCUAUUUUCUGAAAUUUGAUGCUUGAUGAUUAUAUUUCAAAAACUUUCCCGGGGGGGAAUGCCCCCGGACCCCCCUAGGAUGUCUCACGCCUUCGGUGCUCGUUUGCAUGACCACUCACACGACGCUGGCUUCGCCACUGCAUGUACUCAGUUUAAAUCUCACUGAAGUGGAAAUUCUAAAUCAUUGCAGUAGAAAGUUCUUUGAAUUCCCAUUCAGUAGUAAAUUAAAGGUUAUGGUUUCGCCAUAUAGUUGGUAAAUUUAACACGGUAUACCGAAAAAUAUUUCGGUAUAUCGGUAUGGUUGAAUAUCCGGUAUCGAUAUACUGAUAUUGAUGUAAUACCGAUAUUUUCGGUAUGUCGGUAUACCGAAAGUCCUAACACACACGUGGAGUCUGGGAACUAAUAGAUAUACACACGUUUUUUAUAUGCAUGGUCCAACAUGGUGACUUUUAGACAAUCUUUUCUUAUUCAAUAUUCCUUUAUUUUCUAAUUUCUACUGUGAAUAUUUUUACAAAUGAAAAAUCCCCUAAAAAUAUCACUUUCAAUUACGAAAUGAUCAAUUCCCCAAACAAAUAUGUUAGGUAUGUUAUUAUAUGUAAUAUAAUGCACUAGUCAUUUGAAACCCCGAUCCCCGUGACUAAGUGGGGUUUUAUUUUAACAGGAUUUAGUGGGGGAAAUACAGGAUUUUAAAACAAACAUCGAUUUUCUAGUAGCCAGAGUUUUAAAAACACUAGCCAGAAGCAGCGGGGCACAUGUGCCGGGUUUUAACGACCAGGUUUUAACCACCAUUUUAACACGUGCACGUGGAGUCUGGGAACUAAUAGAUAUACACAUGUUUUUUAUGGUCCAACAUGGUGACUUUCGGACGAUCUUUUCUUAUUCAAUAUUUCUUUAUUUUCUAAUUUCUACUCUGAAAAUCAGAGGAAAUUGUACAUAAAACCUUCAAUUUUGUCCCGGGGAGCAGGGUUUUUUAAGUCUUUUAACAACUGAAUGGUAUUUUUGAGCCGGGUUUUUAGCGUUCGUGAAAUGUUAAAAUCCCUGCAUGGGCCGGGGGGCCGGGGUUUCAAAUGACGAGUGCAUAAGCUUCAAUUUAAGGUGAAAUGGGUCGUUCCAGAAAAGAUCCAUGUACACACUCCCCCCACGGAGGAAAGUUCUGCCGUCCAGAGGGGGAGGGGAGACAAAAUUGUUUCUGAUAAUAGUAAAAUAAUUCAUGUAUUAGGACAUGUGAAGGGGGUAGGGGGGUUAACUUUCAAUUUCCUCUGUGGGGGAGGUAUGGAUGUUUUCUGGAAUGACCCAAUUCAACCUCAAACGCUUCGCAAGACGUUUUAAAAUGUUCUUUAUAAAACUAAACUGCCUUUAUCGAAAAUUUUGAGUUUGAAAUAAAAUGAUUUCAAAUUCUUGCAUUCAAACAACUUUGCUUUCUUUUUUAUUUAAAAAUUUUAAUUAUAAAAAUGGGUAAUCAAUGAAGAAACACUGAAAUUAUUAUUAUAUGCUGUCUUUUUCAUUUAAAAUAUACACAACGUGAACAAUGCAUAAAGUGAACAAUACAUCAUUAUUUAAAACAAACCUACCUUCGUUAAUGUUGGCGCUUUUACUCCCUUCUUUUAGCAAUUCUUUCGCCUUUAUUUUCUAAAUUAAAAAGCUUUUGAAAUUUAACAAAAUCUUGCAAAAAUGAAAUAUAUUUGCAAGAAAUCAUCAAAUCAAGAAAUGUUUGCUAUAAUUUUGCUGUCGUCAUGCAGUUGUUAUAAUGCAAAUUUUAAAGUUGACCACCCACCAUUGGUCACCCACGCCUGCGAUAAUUAAUGAACUUCAGACUUUGCUAAUGCUUUCCCUGGGCGGAAUUAGUACCCUCACCCCGGGUUAACAUAUGUUAUGAUAAAUCUUGCCCGAAUUUCCUUGAUUUUUCCUAGCAUUUGCCCAAAUUCCCAUGGUUUUCUAACGUUUGGCGGGGGAAUUGUCCCCCUGUCUCAUACACCUAUGUUCUUAUAGUCUCUGAUUAGCCAUCCCCUGAGUAUUGCAAACAUUGCAAUCAAUCUUGCAAUGUUCAUUAGCCAAUUGCUCCAAGCAAGCUGCAAGCGGAACUUGCAAGUUUCCUUGCAAGUUGCAAUUGUCGUUUUCAUUGUUGUGUCAAGACAAAUUAUUAAACAAUAUGAAAAUAAAGUUACAAGGAAUAAUCUUUUGCUGAUUGUUUGCCAAAUUGAAAGUAAAUUGGAAUAAAUAUAUUUGUUUUCGAGUAAUUGACACAGAAGUAUAAAUGUCAUCAUACUUGUACUCGUAUUGUUUGAUCCAUCCACCUGUGACUGUCCAUGUCAGCUUUUCACGAUAAAAGGAGAGUCAAGUCCAGCUCAAGUCUUCUGAAAGUCUCUGCACCACAGUCUUACCCAUUUUGAAAUGCCUCUCGAGGAAUUAAAUUGUCGUCUUACAUCUUUGUAAGCAACACUUUGUAAGGAACUGCUUCUUUUACUCUGCGAAGUAAAUCUGCAUAAAAUUCUAUGGGGGUUUUUUGACUUGAAACUUGUAAGUUCCGGUUGCAACUUGCUCUAAGCAAUUAGCCAAAUAAUGAACAUUGCAUGAUUGACUGCAAUGUUGCAAUACACAGGGAAAUAGAACAUCCGGUUUGGCUGUAAACACAAUUUUUGUGUUUUAUGAGUGAUCACUUGAAGCAAAUCAAGUUGAAGUAAAAAUGUCUUGAUAUCUCUCUCCAACAGGAUGGGGUUCACCAAUAAGCAGUUCAUAGCAAAUAUGCAUGUGGCAUUGCAUUAAUAAUAACAAAAAAUAUAUUUCAAAGAAAACAUAUAUUUUUAAACCUUCCUGAAUUUAACAUCCAAGAGACUCAUCUUUUUUUAAUACUGUAAAUCCUCUGCUAAGCCCAUAUCUCAUUCUGCACUGCUUCUCUAGAACAUUUCCCUCCCUUGGAGACUAAGCCCCCUCUGCCCCUUCAUGUCUAUACCAAUUUGAUUACUAAUUGCAACCCCCUUUCUGGUUAGUGCCCUCCCCCACUUAGUGCCCAAGGCUUAAUGGAGGGUUUACUGUAAUACAAUUGUAUGAUUCUGCUUUAGCAGAAUAAGAUGCAUUUGUCUAAAUUGCAUUUGACAGUCCAAUAACUAUGCAUGUACCAAUGCAUCCAUAAGCAGUAGGUUGAACAAGUAACUUUGAAAGAAUAAUUCAAAUUUCAAAGAACUGAUCACUUGUGUUUAAACAGGGGUGGAUUUAAUGGGAGAUUUUCAUGAUAAAGGAAAAAAAUAUUAGAGACAAAAUGAGAUACAGUAAUUUGAAUAAUAACAUGAUGACAAGCGAACUGUGAACAACAAUUGUAGUUCAAAUACAGUAGUCAAGCAAGUACUGCUGUACGUUGAUGGGCGGGCGGCGCAUGUGACCAUUCCAAACACAACUUCGUGCCAGAGCUGGCAGAGCACCCCCACCCCCCCACCCUCCUACCAGAUCAUUCUGGAUCCAUCCUUGUGUUUAAAACAGUCUUGUUAUCUCAUUUCAGGCUGAUCAAUGUACUGGUCUUCAAGGAUUCCUUAUUUUCCACUCAUUUGGUGGUGGCACCGGCUCUGGUUUCUCAUCCCUGCUCAUGGAACGUCUUUCUGUCGAUUAUGGCAAGAAAUCUAAACUGGAAUUUUCUGUUUACCCAGCACCACAAAUUUCCACCGCUGUUGUCGAACCCUACAACUCCAUUUUGACCACUCACACGACCUUGGAGCACUCGGAUUGCUGUUUCAUGGUGGACAACGAGGCUAUCUACGAUAUCUGUCGUCGUAAUCUCGACAUUGAACGACCAACCUACACCAACCUCAAUCGUUUGAUUGGACAGAUUGUGUCUUCCAUUACCGCAUCUCUUCGUUUCGACGGCGCUCUUAACGUGGACUUGACGGAAUUCCAGACCAAUCUUGUACCUUAUCCACGUAUCCACUUCCCUCUUGCCACAUAUGCUCCAGUCAUCUCUGCUGAGAAGGCCUACCAUGAGCAGCUUUCCGUUUCCGAAAUUACCAACGCCUGUUUCGAACCAGCCAAUCAGAUGGUGAAGUGUGAUCCACGUCAUGGUAAAUACAUGGCAUGUUGUCUGUUGUACCGUGGUGAUGUUGUUCCAAAGGACGUCAACGCUGCCAUCGCAACCAUCAAGACCAAGCGUACCAUCCAAUUUGUGGAUUGGUGUCCUACUGGCUUCAAAGUUGGUAUCAAUUACCAACCGCCCACAGUGGUACCAGGAGGUGAUUUGGCUAAAGUGCAGCGUGCUGUCUGUAUGUUGAGCAACACUACAGCAAUUGCAGAAGCUUGGGCGCGUCUUGAUCAUAAGUUUGAUUUGAUGUACGCCAAACGUGCUUUCGUCCAUUGGUAUGUUGGUGAAGGAAUGGAAGAAGGGGAGUUCUCCGAAGCCCGUGAAGAUUUGGCUGCUUUGGAAAAGGAUUACGAAGAAGUUGGCGUUGAUAGCGUUGAAGAGGAAGGCGAGGAUGAAGGAGAUGAAUACUAAAAACUGUUUCCAUGUUGGACAUGCAUGUUUACUAGUUAAACUAGGUUUUGUAACAUCACUUCUCUUUUGAGAAUAAAUGUGAAGUCUUCUCCGUUU